CACAUUUUGGCGCCUUUACUUUCGUGGUGGUUUCUCUCUCCCCUUUUCCCCUCUUUAUACCCUAAAGCUCCCACCCAUUCCCCGUUCGGAGUAGUUACCCGCUCAGCCGCCAGCCACCGCCAGCGCCGCCGCCUUUGCCCUCCCAGAUUUCGAUAUGGCUUUCUCUGUCUCCACGAAAGCUUCGAUUUUCCCCACUCUCCCCUCUAAUUCCGAUCAUGGGUACUCGCGGAAGCUCUUCUUCUCCAAACCUCCGUCUCUGUUUCAGCCGCCGUUCCUUAAUAAAUCCCUCAAAUGCGUCCAAUCUCUUUCCCCUGAUUCCAAACCCAGUCCCAGCUCUUCCCCGUUCGCCUGCUCCGCCGUCUCUUUUCCCUCCUCGGCCGCCGCCGCGGCCGAGCUCGUGCCGGCGAGGCUCCAGCAGCUGAUAACGGAAUUCGGAUCCCUCACCGAACCGUCCGACCGGGUCAAGCGGCUGAUGGGUUACGCCGCGCUGCUGCCUCCGUUCCCCGACGCGUCCCGGGUCGCUCUCAACCGGGUCAUGGGCUGCACCGCCCAGGUCUGGCUGGAGACGCGGAUUGACGAGGAAGGGAGGAUGAGGUUUUUGGUCGACAGUGAUUCGGAAAUCACGCGUGGGCUCUGCGCUUGUUUGAUCUGGCUGCUCGACGGGGCGGCGCCGGCGGAUGUUUUGAGUUUGAAGACAGAGGAUUUGGCGGUGCUGAAUUUUGGGUUGCCUGGUACACAGAGGUCGAGAGCGAAUACUUGGCUGAAUGUGUUGGUUAGCAUGCAGAAGAGAAGUAAAAAACUGUUGGCUGAAAGGGAAGGCAAGAUGUUUGAGCCUUUCCCGUCUUUGAUGAUUACUUCUGAUGGGAUUGAUGCGAAAGGCAGCUAUGCUGAAGCUCAGGCAAGAUUUCUGUUCCCAGAUGAGAGUAAGGUUGAGGAACUUGUUAAUGUGCUAAAGGAGAAGGAAAUCGGCGUGGUUGCUCAUUUCUACAUGGACCCUGAAGUUCAGGGUGUCCUAACUGCCGCACAAAAGCAUUGGCCUCACAUCCAUAUCUCCGACUCCCUGGUCAUGGCAGAUAGUGCCGUGAAGAUGGCUGAAGCUGGAUGCAAAUUCAUAACCGUUCUUGGUGUGGAUUUCAUGUCUGAAAAUGUCCGGGCUAUCCUUGAUCAGGCCGGGUUCGCAGAGGUCGGUGUAUACAGAAUGUCUGAAGAUCGUAUUGGAUGUUCAUUGGCAGAUGCUGCAUCUACCCCUGCUUACAUGAAUUAUCUGAAGGAGGCUUCAGUGUCUCCUCCUUCUUUGCACGUUAUCUAUAUAAAUACUUCGCUUGAGACGAAAGCUUACUCGCACGAGCUUGUGCCUACAAUAACCUGUACUUCUUCCAAUGUUGUUCAAACUGUUCUGCAAGCUUUUGCCGAAAUCCCAGAUUUGAAGAUAUGGUAUGGCCCUGACACUUACAUGGGGGCUAACAUAGCAAAACUAUUUCAACAAAUGACGUUUAUGACUGAUGAAGAAAUCGCUGAGAUGCAUCCAGCACAUAAUGCUGACACUAUUAGAUCAUUGCUUCCUCGUCUGCAUUACUUUCAGGAUGGAUCAUGCAUUGUCCAUCAUCUAUUUGGACAUGAAGUUGUGCAGAAGAUCAAUGACAUGUAUGGUGAUGCUUUCUUGACUGCUCAUCUUGAGGUUCCUGGAGAAAUGUUUUCCUUAGCAAUGGAAGCAAAGAGAAGAGGCAUGGGGGUAGUGGGUUCCACACAGAAUAUACUAGACUUCAUAAAGCAAAGAGUCCAAGAGUCACUAGACAGAAAUGUUAGCGAUCACCUCCAAUUUGUUUUAGGCACAGAGUCGGGAAUGGUCACUGCUAUUGUGGCUGCAGUCAGGAAGUUACUAGGCUCCUCCACAACAUCUUCCGAAAAAGCAAAGGUCAAAGUCGAGAUUGUCUUCCCAGUCUCGGCUGACUCAAUAUCACAAACAUCAACCAGGUCACCCCAAGGAGUAGAAUCGGUACAGCUAGGGGAUAUCAUUUUGCCUGUUAUACCUGGUGUUGCUAGUGGUGAGGGUUGCUCUAUCCAUGGGGGAUGUGCUUCCUGUCCGUAUAUGAAGAUGAAUUCUCUGAACUCCCUCCUUAAAGUAUGCCAUCAAUUGCCAGAUGAGGAUAACAUCAUUGCCCCUUACGAAGCCGAAAGGUUUAAAACUCGGACGCUCAGUGGGAAAGAGAUAGCAGAUGUUGGUUGUGAGCCUAUAUUGCACAUGAGGCACUUCCAGGCUAAAAAGGAAAUGCCGGAGAAGCUCGUUGAUCACAUCUUGCACCAGCAUGGCAAUCUUAGUUCAUGAGGGGAUCCAGCGACUCCCCAGUAGGCACCCAUAUGGCCCAAAAAUAAUCUUGUCCUGCUGUGAAGCUAGCUUUAGCUGACAAUCACCUCAGUUUUCUCGGUUUUACUUCCAAGUUUUCACUUAUAUAGGAAUGAAUGAAUGGAUAUUAUAUAUAGCUCCAGCAAAGCCAUCAGUGGUUAAUAACCCCCUUCCGUGUUGAAAAUACACGCGAAAGCACUUCCAAAGCAGUCAUGAUCUUCUUCAGUAAUCAUGAGAGGUGCACUUCCUCAUGCCUACAGGCUACAGGAAGGAAACUUGCAGAGCAUUUUGUAUACUGAGGUUAUUCUUUACCAUUUCGAUUCCGAUAAUGUAAUAUUUUGGAUCCGGCUAUUCGCAUGGGGUUCUGUAUGAUUUGAUUGGGGUGGGCACUCAAUGCCCUAUGUCUGAAUAAGAGCUAGCAGUGCCUUUUAAUCGUCCAUUUUGCAGAAGAGAAAAAGGGCAUCGUAGACCACUCCUCGGAUAACAAUGAUACAUGAAAAUGAGUUGUAUAAUUUAUAAAUUACUUGGCUUCUACGCCAUUUGCAGC